CUUUGUAGCUUUUGUCUUGAGUAAAUACAGCACAAUGACCAUCAGACGCAUAGAUCAAGGCCAGCGUCACAGGCCAAGAAUGGCAUUCCUGAAAAAGUUUGAAGUUCUGUUGGUGGAGAUGCAGGAUCCGAACUCUGGCAUCAAAAUGCACACUCAGAGGGUCAUGAUCACGAAUAUCCCACAUGCUAUGACUGGUUCUGAUAUAUUCCAUUGGAUUAUGCAGCGCCUGCAGGUUGGUGGCGAAGAGGCAUUAAACCUGGGAAGUAUGGUGGUCAAGUAUGGAUAUGUCUAUCCUCUUCAGGAACCCAAAAAUCUCACACUCAGACCAGACAGCAGCCUCUACAGAUUUCAGACACCCUACUUUUGGCCAACCCAGAAAUGGGCUGCAGAUGAUGUAGAUUAUGCAAUCUAUCUAGCCAAGAAAAAUAUUAAAAAGAAAGGACUCCUAGACGAAUAUGAAAAGGAACAAUAUAACACACUGAAUAAAAAAAUCAACCACAAGUGGGACUUCGUUAUUAUGCAAGCCAAGGAACAGUAUAGGACAGGAAAGGAACGAAAGAAGGCGGACCGGUAUGCUAUGGACUGCCAGGAGAAGGCAUAUUGGCUAGUGCAUCGAGCACCUCCAGGGAUUCAAGAUGCACUUGAGUAUGGACUAAACCGAGUGAGUGAUCCUAAUGAAACUAAGAAAAAAACAAUAGAUGUUUACAGGAAAGAGAUCAUGUACUACCAGCAGGCCUUGAGUAAGACCAGAGUAAAGUGUUCUGUCUCUCUGGGAGGAUUAGUGAAAUACUCUGAACAGUUCUGCUCCAGCGACCCCAUCCUUUCAGGAUGCCUCCCCAGCAACCCCUGGAUCACUGAUGAUGUUGAUUUUUGGGAGCUCAAUGCAAAGAUGGUGGAGACCCCCACCAAAAAACGAGUAGAAAGAUGGGCCUUGAAUUUUGCGGAGCUGAUGAGGGAUCCCAAAGGCCGCAAGAGUUUCCGGCAGUUCCUGCAGAAAGAGUUCAGCGGGGAGAACUUGGGCUUUUGGGAAGCUUGUGAAGAUCUGAAAUAUGGAGACCAAUCCAAGGUGAAAGAAAAAGCACAAGAAAUUUACAAAACCUUCCUUGCACCAGGAGCAAGGCGCUGGAUCAAUAUUGAUGGUACCACUAUGGGCAUCACAGUCAGAGGCCUCAAACACCCUCAUCGCUAUGUCUUAGAUGCUGCACAAACACAUAUUUACAUGCUCAUGAAAAAGGAUUCUUAUGGUCGCUACUUAAAGUCUCCAAUAUACAAGGAAAUAUUGUCCAAGGCAAUUGAACCGCAACCAUCAGUGAAAAAAAGCUCUAAUCCAUUUGCUCGCAGACAGCUCCGCUCUAGCCUCAGCCCUGUCAUCCUGAGGCAACGGGAAGAAGAAGAGAAGGCUAAGGAAGCAGAACUCUUUGUGGAUAUCACUCAGGUUCUGAGCAAGCUGGACCGUAGGCACAUGCUCAAAUAGGAUGUCCUUGUCUGUUAUGGAGGGGUCCAGAGGCUGUAA